GCGCGUGCUGCAGGUUGUGGGCGGGGCUUGCCCGGGGCGGGGCCUGUUCGUCGUGUGCAGCUCCGCCCCCUCGGCCGUCGUCGAUCUUCGGGAGGCGGUAACUGCUUCUCGGCCCUUCCCGGUUGGCGGGACCCGCUGCACCCCGGUUCUGUGGUGACGAUGGGCGACCCCAGCAAGCAGGACAUCCUGACCAUCUUCAGGCGCCUCCGCUCGGUGCCCACCAACAAGGUAUGUUUUGACUGUGGUGCCAAAAAUCCCACCUGGGCCAGCAUAACCUACGGGGUGUUCCUUUGCAUUGACUGCUCGGGGUCGCACCGAUCACUUGGUGUUCACUUGAGUUUCAUCCGAUCUACAGAAUUGGAUUCUAACUGGUCUUGGUUUCAGUUGCGAUGCAUGCAAGUUGGAGGAAAUACUAAUGCAUCUUCCUUUUUCCAUCAACAUGGGUGUACCACCAAUGACACGAAUGCCAAGUACAAUAGCCGUGCAGCCCAGCUUUACAGGGAGAGAGUCAAGUCUCUUGCAUCCCAGGCCACACGAAAGCACGGCACUGAUCUGUGGCUUGAUAGUUGUGUGGUUCCUCCUUUGUCCCCUCCACCAAAAGACGAAGAUUUUUUUGCCUCUCAUGUUUCUCCUGAGGUGAGUGGCACAGCAGGGGCAUCAGCACAACCAGAAUCGUUUUUAACGCCAAAGGCUGUGGAAACCACACCAGAAAAUACUGAAGGUAGACAAGAAAAAGGACCAAGUGUGGAAGACCUUAAUGUACCAACAAAGGCUGCUUUAGAGGUUUCCUCUAUCAUAAAAAAGAAACCAAAUCAAGCUAAAAAAGGACUCGGGACCAAAAAAGGAGGUUUGGGAGCCCAGAAACUGACGAAUAAAUGCUUUAAUGAAAUUGAGAAACAAGCACAAGCUGUAGAUAAAAUGAAGGAGCAGGAAGACCUGGCCAGGGCGGUGCCUAAGGAAGAAUCAAUUGUUUCAUCAUUACGAUUAGCCUAUAAAGAUCUAGAAAUUCAAAUGAAGAAAGAUGAUAAGAUGAACAUUAGUGGCAAAAAAAAAGUUGAAUCUGAGAGACUUGGCAUGGGAUUUGGAAACUGCAGAAGUGGUAUUUCACAUUCAGUGACUUCAGACAUGCAAACCAUAGAACAGGAAACACCCAUUGUGGCAAAACCAAGAAAAAAGUACACUGAUGAAGAUGAUUCGUAUUUCACUUCUAGCUCAAGGUACUUUGAUGAACCAGUGGAGUUAAGGAGCAGUUCUUUUUCUAGCUGGGAUGACAGUUCAGAUUCCUACUGGAAAAAAGAGACCAUCAAAGAUACUGAAACAAUUCUGAAAAGCACAGGCUAUUCAGACAGACCUACUGCUCGCCGCAAGCCAGACUAUGAGUCAGUUGAAAAUACAGAUGAGGCCCAGAAGAAGUUUGGCAACAUCAAAGCAAUUUCAUCAGAUAUGUACUUUGGAAGACAAGACCAGGCUGAUUAUGAAACCAGGGCUCGACUAGAGAGGCUUUCAGCAAGUUCCGCCAUCAGUUCAGCAGAUCUGUUCGAUGAGCAGAGGAAGCAGGCAUCAGGGAGCUACAACCUCACCAGCGUGCUGCCCAGUGCUCCUGACAUGGCGCAGUUUAAGCAGGGCGUGAGAUCUGUGGCCGGAAAGCUCUCGGUCUUUGCUAACGGUGUCAUGACUUCUAUUCAGGAUCGCUAUGGUUCUUAAUAUUCGUGACGUGAUAUCUGUUUUCUGGAGAAAUUCCUUUUUAAAUGAACCAGUGACCACAUCCAUCAAAAACUGCAAUGAAAACCAGGCAAUUUUGCAGAUUGUUUUGCAGCUUUUCACAUAGUAUGUAAACGUUUCUGAUUUUUAGUAUUUCUUUAGAGAAAUUUUUAUUUUGGCAACAGGAGAAGCUUUGCUGUAAUUUGUUUUGCCUGCCCUCCCCGUGGCGUGUCUGUGCAUGUCCAUGCUGUUUUUCCUUGGGAUCUUUUGUCCCAUUGGCUGGGGCCAUAGACACAAGUCCCUGCCAUCUAUCUCCCCAGGGAUUGAGCCUUCAUCUCAGGGGCUUCAGUGCCAUGCAGUUCACGGGCAAAGGGCUGCUGGCAGCAGCGUAUGCUGGCUCGGCCUGGAAAAACAAAGUUCACAACACGUAUUUCAUUAAAGAGGAGCAAAGAAUAAAAACAAACUACCAAAAA